ACUGCAUUUGUUACUGGUGCCGCUGUCAUCGCUCCCAUUGUCGUCGCUCCCGUUAUCGCUGCUCCCGCUACCGCACUGUUGUCGCGUCGUUGCCGCUGCCGGUACAGGAAUCAAUUGGUUGAAUCUCUUCGGAACAGGAUACAAAAUGAGGGUACUAUGGCAUACUAUCUGUUAUUGGACAACCGAUUUCGUGUUUCAAGUGGCUAUUUUGGAGCUGAGUUUCAAGAGUCCACG